AUGGAGAAAUCAAUGCUGAGUAUUUUGGUUGGGCUAUGGAUGAUCAUUCGCUCUGUAGCUGCUGUAAAACAGCCAUAUGUGCCGGCCAUUUUUGUGUUCGGAGACUCAAUAGCAGACGCAGGAAACAAUAACUACAUUCCCCAGAGUAAACUGCGUGCAAACUUCACACCAUAUGGCGUUUCCUUUUUCCCCCACCCAACUGGUCGCUUUACCAAUGGCCGCACCGCUUUUGAUUUCAUCAGAAUAUUGGAGGUGUAUGAUGCAUUGAUUUUGGUUGCAGCUAAUUACUUGGGGCUCCCCUUUCCUCCUCCAUUUCUGAAACCAAAGGCCAAUUUUACAAGAGGGAUAAAUUUUGCAUCAGGAGGUAGCGGAUUGUUCGACUCAACGGGCGCCGAAUCGAACAUUAUCAGUCUGAGUAACCAAGUAAAGCUAUUCGAAGAGUUUUCUUCUAAUCUAACGAGAACGAACUCAUUUGGACCUGCCCAAGCUAAAUCCUACUUAGGAAAGUCUUUAUAUUGCAUUGCAAUUCAAGGCAACGAUAUUGCCUACUACACAGCCAACACUACUCUCCAAAACACCACUACUCUUGAGCAGUUCGUCAAGCUGAUGCUAGCGAAAUUCGAUCAGUAUGUACGAAGGCUUUACCAUAGUGGGGCAAGGAAAUUCCUUGUAUUAGACAUUCCAGCUGUGGGGUGUACUCCUUACAGCAGAUUUGCUGGAUAUAAUGAAGACAAAGGUGAAUGUGUGGAUCUCCCAAGCCAGCUGGUUAUUGAAUAUAACAAUAAUUUCAAGAACCUUGUGGCUCAACUCAAUCAAAAUCUAGAUGGGGCAACCAUCAUUCAACUUAAUACUUACAAUUAUGUUAUGGACAUGUUCGAAAAGGCUAAAGCCUAUGGAUUUAAGGAUUUUACGACAGCAUGCUGUGGAUCAGGAAUGUUUCAUGCACAAGUGAGCUGUGGAAAGACGAAGCCACAGCCUGUGUUUUGCAACGAUAUAAACGCACAUUUGUACUGGGAUGGAACUCAUCCCACUGAAAAAGUUUAUUCCAUGUUUUCACGCCAGAUUUGGUCCGGGAAUUCUUCUUACAUAUACCCAUUUAAUCUUUCUACCCUAGUCUUGGGUAAGAACAGCUCUGGUCAUUGA